CAAGCUUGAGAAUUUCAAAGCCUUGACCAAUCACAGCAGACUUUACUAAUGACCUAAACGGUGCCGCCAUUUUGAAAAGUAGGUACUGUUGGUUGGUGAAAGUUGAGACUUGGCACAAAUAGCUUAGCAAACAGAUGAACGCCGUUAAAGUUUCAAGUAUCUACAGGACACAAGCUGCAAAACAAAGAAGCCCCUUGUCUUGAGAAGCCCAGGACAAGUCACAGUUUAUAUUAUCGGAGCAAACAUUCUCCAGUUUUCCUUGGUGGGACCAAGGAGGUUUUUGGUGGGACAUAGUUGCGUAACAGUCACAACUCUCAGCUCUACAGUAUGGAUGGCCCAUCAGUGCAGACAAUCUCGCAAGCAAUCAGCAACCCAGACUACUGGGUGGAUAAGCUGCGGUUUGAGGACCCGGAGACGUUUAAGGAGCUGUGCGGAGGGCUGCUGACACGCUUCCUGGACCUGCCUGGACCAGAGCUGAGUAGAGUACUGGGCACCAGUCCAGUUAAGGACAACAGGAGGAGAUUCCUGGCGAGGAAGAAAGUGACCCAACAGGCUGAGAACACAGUUCUGGCAACUUGGCUUGCCUUGAGGAAACUUAAGUCUGAGCAAACAGGUGGAGUGUUUGGUGCCCCACUGACAGAAGAAGGUCUGGCCCAGAUCCACCAGCUGAUUGACUUCCUGGGAAACCAUACCCAUGUAGAGGGGAUCUUCAGAAUUCCUGGGAAUUCCCACCGUCAGCAGCGACUAAAGGAUAACCUCAACAGCGGUGUAGACAUUGACCUUGAGCUGGGAGAGUUCACCCCGCAUGACGUGGCAAGUGUCCUGAAGAUCUUCCUGGGAGAGUUACCGGAACCGCUGCUGACCACCAGACAUUACCCAGCAUACUUACAGGUCCCAGAUAUGAUGCUGUUUGAGAAAAGUGUGAAGACAGACAAGCCCAACAAGGAGCGUCAGAUCGAGACGUACCAGCUGCUGUUCUGGCUGCUGCCCAAUGUGAACCGUAAGCUGCUCCAGGCCGUGCUGUCCCUGCUGUACAAGACUGCCCAGGCACAGAAGGACCACAAGAACAGGAUGUCUGCUCACAACCUCGGGGUCAUGUUCGCUCCUCAUGUACUCUGGCCAAGAAGUUUAACCAUUGCAGACCUGAAGGACAAUGUAAACAAGCUGAACGGUGCUGUGGCUUUCAUCAUCAAACACUCCCAGAGGGUGUUCCUGGCACCAGUCCAGUUGCGGGCCCAGUGCAGGUUAUAUUUUGCUGCUAAGGAGAAAUCUGAAGCCCAGCAGAAACCAGCGUCUUCUGAUGACACAGCGUCACCUUCAGAUGAGGUAGCCCAGACCAGGGCUAAGAAGAGGCCCCAUGAGGAUGCAGCAGAGAGUAAAACCCAGACAGACCUGGCCUUGGCACAACUGUAUGCACACGUCCAGGCCAUGCCAGACUCACACAAGAAGAGAAAAUAUGUCAAACAGUUUAAUGAACACUCCAACUGCACUCCGGGAUCACCAAACCACAAGGUGCUACCAAGAACCCGGGGAAAACAUGUCAGGAGCAAGUCCUGGGGAGCUGCCAUCACUAAGCUUUUUGCAAGUAACAAACCCCAAACGCAGACGAGGAGUGGUGCUCACUCGGACCCCAGGAAGUCAUCGCAGACACCCACAUCAGACAGGGUGGAGCCAGGAUCAGCAGUCACACAGAGAUC